UUCGAAUCGGUUUUUCGAUAUAUCAUAUAUCUCUAUACUUUUCUCUUUGGCAUAGAGAAAAUUUAUGAUUGGUCGUUAGAAUUUUUAUUUAUUUACAUUUACGAGUAUUGUAGAAACAAAUUUAGGAAAUAGAAACUAAAGUUUAUUUUUUUUAGUAUUUAUAAAUUAUGCCGCGUUAACAUGGAAAAACCUGAUCUUACUGAUAAUGCAGUAACAUCUACCGAAAAUAUUAACAAAAACAAAUUAAAAACAAGAGGGAAAAAACGUAAAAGGAAAGACAGUGACACUAGUUUGGAAACCGAAGAUGCAUUACCAGAAAAUGCUUUGGAAGUGGAAAAUAAUGUUAUUGCAUCAGCAACAAAGAAUAAUCUUGAUGAUGUUAGUGUUAAAAAAAUAUUGAAGAAAGUAGUAACCAAUGACCAUGUGUUGGCAUUUGUCAAGUUACGUGAGGAAGAAGAAAUAUCUCGAACGGAUCCAAGUGGUAUCAGACCUAAACUUACACGGGCUAAAGUCAAGUAAGUCAUUAACAUUACUAUGGUAACAUUUCUAUUAAAGUUGCUAUUAAAUAAAUUAUUUGAAUAAAAAAAAUUAUACAACAUAGUGAAAGUCUUAUUUGUUUGUUUGUAUUGGAUAGGUUUCUAUUGAACCGAUUUAUGAAAGUCUCUUAUCU